AUGAUCUAUGGUGAAAUUUUCAGGACUAUUCCCAUGGUACUGGGAACAAAACCAAAGCAGUGUAAAGGUCACUCAGCAAUGCUUUUAGGCAAAGACCGAAUAUUGAUAGUUAGGGGGGAUUCCUCUCCGAUGAUUGUGCUUGGUUUCUUGAGGUUGGUGGACACCAAAUUUGUUAGGCAGCAGAGAGAAAAGUUUGAUACAGAGGUGGUUGCUUGGAGCAAGGGAGUAAGAGCUCAUGCUGAGAAGCCCAUAAAUAUCAGUGGUCCUUCUGGAGUGGGUAAGGGUACCUUGGUAUCAAAACUCAUGAAGGAUUUUCCAUCAAUGUUUGGAUUCUCUGUGAGCCAUACAACCCGUGCUCCAAGAAAUAAGGAAAAGGAUGGGGUUCAUUACCAUUUCACUGAUCGAAUUGUUAUGGAGAAAGAGAUUAAAGCUGGAAAGUUCCUUGAGUUUGCUUCUGUGCAUGGAAACCUAUAUGGAACCAGUAUUGAAGCCGUUGAGGUGGUUGCAGAUGCUGGAAAGAGAUGCAUCCUUGACAUUGAUGUCCAAGGGGCAAGGUCUGUGAAGGCUAGCUCUCUUGAAGCCAUUUUUAUCUUUAUCUGCCCACCAUCAUUUGAGGAGCUUGAGAAGCGCCUUCGUGAAAGAGGGACUGAGACGGAAGAGCAGAUCCAAAAGCGUCUCCAAAAUGCAAGGGCAGAGCUUGAGCAAGGACAAGCGUCUGGCCUUUUUGACCAUAUUUUGGUUAAUGGUGAUCUUGAGACAUGUUAUGAGAAUCUUAAGGUGAUUUUUUAUUAA